AUGGGUCCGAUGAUGACGUUGAGCAUCGUCAAUAUCGUCAUCGACAUGACAAUCUUGUUCAUUCCCGUGAAGGUCAUUUUACCACUCAGGGUCCCAUUGCGCCAAAAUAUCUCGCUGAUCAUUAUAUCUGCCGCUGGCGGUUUCGUGUGCGCUGCCGCCAUGGAGCGAACAAUUCUCAUGCCCCGGUUGCUCACUGCGGUAGAUUACUCAUAG